AUGGCGUCUCAAAAAUUCACAGCCAAGCUGGCGGCUAUUGAAGACUCACCCCACCAGCCUGCCAAACUCCAACAAUACAACGACCUCCUUAAUGAAAUUGUGGCUAGCUCAUCUGGAGAUGAACUUGCGCAAGAUAUAGUUUACUAUCUCGACUCAAUCCUCAGUGAAGAUAUCAGCAUUGUCGCAACUCGAUCCCUCCUUGAUUCAUUUAUCCCUAUUCUACAAAAAUUAGAGUCCGAAACCAAGAUCAAAGUCGGACAACAUGCCGUUGCCCUCCUCCAGUCACGCGCAGCAUCGGUCGAAGAACAGGACUCGCAGAUUCGUGAAAUCCUUGCAGAUGCUUACGAGUCAGAGGAGGAGUACACGGCAGCAGCACGUGUGCUACAGGGGAUUAGCAUUGACAGCUCACAGCGGCUAGUCUCCGAUGCGGCAAAGGCCCGGCUCUGGAUCCGUAUCGUGCGGUACUACCUGGAGGAUGACGAUACUACCAAUGCCGAGACAACACUCAACCGAAUCAAGAACCUCCCCAGCAAGAUCGAAGAUCAUGACACCCAGCUGUACUUCCAGCUGUCUCAGGCUCGUAUCCUGGAUGCCCGUCGCCGGUUCUUAGAGGCCGCACAGGCAUAUUACAGCGUCAGUUUAGCGCCAGGUGUGGAUGAGGGUGACCGUCUUACCGCACUUUCCGCUGCUAUUCGAUGCGCUGUUCUGGCACCUGCAGGCCCACAGCGCUCCCGAUCUCUCUCUCGCCUAUAUAAGGAUGACCGUGCCUCUUCCGUGGAAGAGUUUUCGAUCCUGGAAAAGAUGUUCCUCGAUCGACUUCUCAACGGGGAAGAAGUAGCCGCUUUCGCAAAGAAGCUUGAGCCUCACCAACUUGCUCUCACUGCAGAUGGUACCACUGUAUUGGACAAGGCAGUCAUAGAACAUAAUCUUCUUGCUGCGAGUAAGCUUUACGAAAAUAUUACCGUUGAUGCUCUGGGAAUUAUUCUUGGUCUUCAAACCUCGGACGACUUAUCUGCUGGUGAAAAAGCCGAGGCCUACGCAGCCAGAAUGGUGGAGCAGGGCCGCCUGCGUGGCAGGAUUGACCAGAUUGAUGGAAUUAUUUCGUUUGAUACGGGUGUUUCAGGUGGAUCGACAUCUGAUACAAAUGGUACUGCUUUGCGUCAAUGGGAUUUCGGAGUACAAGCCCUUGCGGAGAGCGUGGAACGAGUGGCAGCCAGUAUUUCUGACCAGUUUCCGGAUUUUGCCAGCAGUCAAAUGGUGCAUUGA